CUUUUCUUAACCGGCACCCUUGCACGCCAAAACCCCCUCGGGCGGACUGCCGCGAGUUCCGGUGAUCUCUUAUCUCAUUUCUUCUCUCUGAUUUCUGCCUUACCACUUGAUUUGGAUUCAAGCUUGUUGUAAGAUUUCAGAAAGAUCAGAAGUUGGAGAGAUAGAAACCCUUGUUCUCUUUGUCUUGGGGAACUAUAUGCUCAUGCUUUCGUUGGAAGUUGAGCCCAAGCCUUUUUUGGACAGGCCAAUACCCUUCAGAAGGUUGAAUUUACUACCAGUGCGGUACAAUGGUUUCUUUUGAAGUGAAUGACACAAAAAAAAUCGGCAUAGGCCUGACCGGAUUUGGAGUCUUUUUCUCCUUUUUGGGAAUCAUAUUCUUCUUUGACAAGGGACUCUUAGCCAUGGGGAAUAUCUUGUUCCUGGCAGGACUGAUGCUGACAAUUGGAUUGAAAUCUACGAUGCAAUUUUUUGUUAAACCUAAGAAUUACAAGGGCACAGCCUCAUUUGGUUCAGGUUUAUUCCUAAUCUUAGUAGGAUGGCCCUUUUUUGGUAUGAUUUUGGAGGCAUAUGGCUUUAUAGUUCUCUUCAGAGGAUUUUGGCCCACUGCAGCAGUUUUCUUGCAGAGGCUUCCGAUUGUUGGGUGGAUUUUCAAGCAAUCUGUUGUGACGUCGUUCUUCAACGGUUACAGAGGUAGGCGGGUGCCUGUAUGAUCACAAACUGGUAUUUGUUAGAAAGCACCCCGUUUCUUUUAGAUACUUGCUAUCGCUCUGUUUUUCCAAUCUGCUUUGUUUGUCCGAGUGUUUUAGUCUGUUGAUGUACAUAAGUUCUUUCCUAAUGUUGCUUCACUAGUUUUUACAAAUGAAAAUAUUCUGUUGUUCUACUUGGAGCCGAAAAUAAAUCUUUUCAAAAUGUCAGGUG